GCCCUUUCCAGCCGGGAUUAUCGCCGUGCUUGGCUCCCGUCCCCGCGAGUGCCCGCUACCCCUCGGCACGGCCGUGGGAGCUCCACGGGCAGGGAGGGCCGCCCGCCCUGCGGGGCCGGGAUUUAUACCCUUCCCGGGAUUUACACAACCCCCAAACCCGCGCGCCUGUGCCCUACAAGACGUCUCGCGGCAUCCCAGGAGCGGCGGCCAGGACUGUCCAGCACCGCCGGGGGUUUGCAGAACGGGGAGGGGGGGCUGAUCCGGCUCGGGGUUUACGGACCAGGGGCUGCAAGACUCCCCACAAAUGCGGGGUGAGAAAGCGGGGCCGCCCCUCCGACCCCGCCUCCGGCGGCGUGGGAGGGCUGGGAGCCAGAUCCCGCUUCUUCCCCUCGGAGGACGAGCCACACGGCUGCCUCGGAGCCCCGCGGUCUCCUUUACCCGCCUUGUCGGGGGCAUCUGCCGCGAUCCGCUCCCUGCCUGCCGGGGGCCGAGGGUGGUCAGGGCCCCCUGCUGUGCGGCCGCCCGCUCCUCCGCGCCGUUCCGCGCCUCCGCGGUGGGCGGCCCCCCUCCCCGUUCCCCCCGGCGGGGCGGGCCUUGCCGGGGGCGGGCCGUCGGGCUUGAGGCUGUGCCGCGGCGUGGGAAAGCGCCUCAGAGAGGGUUUGCUCUGCUGGCGGUGCGGAGCCGAGGCGUGCCGUGCCGGAGUCCCCCCGGAUUUAUUUAUCUCUGCCCCACAUCGUCCCGUGCCCACGAUGAAGCGACCUUGCGAGGAAACUACCUCAGACAGCGACAUGGACGAGACUAUAGACGUGGGGAGUGAGAACAACUACUCGGGGCAAAUUAAUAGUUCUGUCAUUCGAUCAAAUUCCCCAACAACAACAUCUCAGAUUAUGGCCAGAAAGAAAAGAAGAGGGAUUAUAGAGAAAAGGCGCCGUGAUCGUAUAAAUAACAGUUUAUCAGAGCUGAGGCGGCUUGUGCCAACUGCUUUUGAAAAACAAGGAUCUGCCAAAUUAGAAAAAGCGGAAAUAUUGCAAAUGACAGUGGAUCAUCUGAAGAUGCUGCAAGCGACAGGAGGUAAAGGUUAUUUUGACGCUCAUUCUCUGGCCAUGGAUUUCAUGAGCAUUGGCUUCCGGGAGUGCUUGACAGAAGUUGCGAGGUACCUGACUUCGGUGGAAGGCCUUGACACGUCUGACCCCCUGCGUGUUAGACUCGUCUCUCACCUGAGCACCUGUGCCUCCCAGAGGGAAGCCGCCGCCAUGACCUCCUCCAUGGCCCACCACCACCACCCCUUGCACCCUCACCACUGGGCAGCUGCCUUUCACCACCUCCCAGCUGCUUUGCUGCAGCCAAACGGACUCCACGCCUCCGAUGCUGCCCCAUGCAGACUCUCCUCGGACGUGCCCCCGCACGGCUCUGCCCUGCUCACGGCCACCUUCGCCCACACCGACGCUGCCCUCAGAGUCCCCUCCACUGGCAGCGUCGCUCCCUGUGUCCCCCCUCUCUCCACCUCCCUCUUGUCCCUCUCAGCUACCGUUCACGCUGCAGCGGCGGCAGCUACGGCCGCUGCCCAGAGCUUCCCCCUCUCCUUCACCGGCGCCUUCCCCAUGCUUCCCCCCAGCGCGGCCGCCGCUGCUGUGGCUGCAGCGACGGCCAUCACUCCUCCCUUGGCCGUAUCGGCCACUGCCAGCCCCCAGCAGGCUGGCAGCGGGGGCAGCACUAAACCCUACCGACCCUGGGGGACUGAAGUUGGAGCCUUUUAAGUCCCCCCUCUCCCUUCCAGGUCUGGUUCCCUCCUCUCCCUCAGCACAUGCCCACGGGCGCACCCACAGCCACACCCGAGCCCGAGGGACUCGGCGUGUCCUUAUCGCUCAGCCCAAACAAGGGACCACCUUCACCCAAAGGGCCUGAGAGGUGCUGGCAAGCCCACCGAGGAAUAGCCCGGAUAUGCUCAUUUCAGGCGUCGGAGAGGACAUGGGGUGACACCUUCUGCCUCUCGGUUUGUUUCACUGGAGGCACCUUGGGGGAGAAGCAGUGGCUUUCAGAAACAGCGUGAGCAUAUUGGCUUGUAGAGGUUUCCUGGGAAACAGGUAGACACUAGAACUAAUAAUUCUCCAGCUAUGCAUCCUCCUUUGGCAGAGAGGUGAGGGAUUGCACCUACCGGGUCUACCCAAGCUAGAAAAAGAGUUUGAGUUUCAUAAGUGCCUGACAUUGAAAAAAUAAUAAACGAAUAAAUAAAUAUAUAUAUAUGUGUGUUCUGCUAAAACAAAUAACAUUGCACAGGUAUGGAAAUGGUAUGGGAGAGAGGUGAAAUCCUGGAUUCAACUUCAGAAGGGGAGAGGUAUUUUUAGCCAAAAGAAUGCUGAGGAAGAAUGUUAAAUUUGACAGGCCUAGUUCUCGCUUCCUUCGUUCACUUUCUUUGUACAGACUUGCCAAAUUGUGACAUGUAGCAUAGCAUUGGUAAAAGCAAUUAUCUUAUCAGUGCUGGGAUUAAUGAAUGUUUCAGCACUGCCUGUGAGCCUUGAGGCACCCUCUUUUAUGGCUUAAAUAUGGUGCUAGCUUGUAUCUGCACAAACAGUGAAUUUGUCAUGCACCCAGAAGUAACCACCUAUUUAAAGUGUGCACACUUGGAUACAGUUGAUUCAUGCCAAUAUAAGCAACUCAGUGUUGUAAGAGUUCAAAUUAACUUAUUUAGCUGUAUUUGGACAUUUACUUUUAGCCGAUUCUGUGCAAAAUCACUCUUCUUUUCCUUAUCAGCUUCUGGGAGAACAAUCACUCUGGGUAUGAAUGAAGUUACGGUAGGAAUAUUUUUUAAAUUGGCUAUUAAAAUGCCAACAUUGUAAUGUGGGUUUGAUUCCAAACCAAAAUGAAUGUAUUAAAGAGGAUGUGAGUAAAUUAUUUUGUCAAUACCCAGAACACUAGUGCUGCAUAAAAUGGUUUGCUUUCUUUUUUUUAUUACAGUGACUUAAGAUAACCUAAGUAUUUUAAUACAUCCAGUCAAGAACUAGAGAUUUUAUGUAAAAAACGAAAAAAACACAGCAUGUAUUAUUAUGCACUUGAUUUCUCUGCUGUGUGGAGAAAGCAAUAAGCAUUGAGAAUGUUAAACAUUAUGCAAAAUAUACUUUAAAAUAUUUGUUUUAAAAAUACUGUACCUAGUUGGUCUUUUAUGCAUUACUUUGUUAACCUUUUUUCUAUGCAAAAGUCUUUACAUAUCACUAAUUAAACGAAGUCCUUUUUGACUGCGUUUUAUGGA